CGUUGUACACACUGGGCCGCCGGGGGCCGAGCGCUGGAGAGUUGUAGGGGUAGGGCCAUGAAUUUAGGAGAUGGUUUAAAGCUUGAAACGGAGUUGCUGGAUGGACAAACCAAGCUAGUUUUGGCUCUACGUGACAAUAAAUCAAAAACAGCAAAGGUAAGCAGAAUAGCAACAUCAUUUUUUUUCUGCUUUGGGAGUUAUGAGAUGGGAAAUAAGAGCAAGACUUCAAAACCCCCUUUGAGAACAAAACAGCCUGAACAUGUCCUGAAAUCAACAAAUAGUACCCAUGUUAAGCAUGAAAAACUUUCCCAAAAGAGAACUGGGUCAGAAACAUCCAUAGCAAAAGGAGAAAAAAGCAGUGCAACUCUCUCUUCAACCAAGGAUUUAUAUAAGGAAUACGCAAAUAGAGAGUAUCUUCAUAUCCAGAAAGAUAAUUUGUCUGAAUAUGUAGACAUACAGCAACCCAAAAAUACAAAAAAGCCAGCAGUGCCUAAACAGAAGCUUCAAAAAAGCAUCACAGCUGAAGAUCUUAGAAGCAGUUUGGUGUGUCUAACACAAGAGCAACUUCAACAGAUUUUGAUGACUGUAAGCCAAGGAACCAGGCCUAUUUCCCAGGUUGAGGAUGGAAAGAAAGAAGAAACAAGUCAAAGUAACCCACAUCAUAACACUGCCACCAGUAAGUCAAGCGAGAACAUUAUGGGAUUGCUCCAAAAAACUGAGGAUGACUCAUCUGAUGUCAAUGACAAUAACUCUGUUUUAAGUAAAAAACAAACAUCUGAACACCCUGAGCAUAUAAUUGCCAUAAAGAAUAUAUGGAAACCAGCUGACAUAUUCAGUACUCUGGGGGAAAGAGAGAGAAAUAGAAGCUUGCUGGAAGCAAAGAAAUUCCAGUGGAGAAAGGAGCUAGAUGAACAGGUUGCUUUAAAGAAGAAGCAAAAAGAAGCUUGUGAAGAGCAGAAAAAACACCCUUGGAGAAAAAAUGGUGCUGAAAAAAUAAUUAGGGAAAAAACCCAAUCUAAGGAGGCUGCACCAUUGGAGUACCCAUUUAGUGUUGUAAAGCAAGAACAACAAAAAAAGUGGAUUGAAGAACUGAACAAACAAAAGGAAGAGACCAAGCUGCGAAAAAUUGAGGAAAAAAAUAUAUUUUCCAAGGGUGAAGAACAUGACAAAUGGGCAAUGCAUUUUGAUUCCUUGAGGAACGCUGCCACUUCGCAAUCUCAGCUAUCCUGUGCAACACACAAGGACCCAGAAUAUUUAUGUGUCUCUCCUGACAGUAAAGAGAUGACUCAUUUCAACACCCCUUGUCCACCUGUAGCCGAAAGCCAGAUCAUACCUUUAGAAACAAGUGUUAGGAAUACUGCUUUGGGACAUGGUCAGAAAACCAGUUUCCUUCGUUCCAUGACUGCUCUCCUGGAUCCUGCUCAAAUUGAGGAAAGAGAGAGAAGGCGUCAAAAACAGCUAGAACAUCAGAAAGCCAUAACUGCUCAGGUGGAAGAGAAGCGCAAAAAGAAAGAAAUAGAAGAACAACAAAGAAAAAAGGAGGAACAAGAAGAAGAGCUCCGUUUAGCACGGGAACGAGAGGAAAUGCUAAAACAGUUUGAAGCAGAUGUACUUAAACAAAAACAAAAGGAAGAAAUUAUGGCCCUGAAAACAAAUGAGCUGUAUCAAACUAUGCAGAGAGCUCAGGAAUUGGCACAAAGAUUAAAGCAGGAACAAAGAAUCCGAGAACUAACUCAAAAGGGGCAUGAUACUUCAAAACUGCUGAGAAAUCUUGGAGGUGGCACAGUAAGAAGGGAAUGUAACUCAUCAACCAUUAGCCUUUCAAAUGUUAAACAAGACUGUCCUGAAGAAAGCAGUGGUAAAAUGACUCUGAACUUCGUAAUCCCUCAUCGGAAAGAUACUGCUGUUCAGACAGAUGACAUUAACAUACAUGGAAUUGCCAAUCUGGAAGUAUACUCUGGGCCAGUUAUCGAUAGGAAGAUUGUGAAUUGUCCAUCUCCAGAUCUUUUUGUGGAAUUUAAAGGACAAUAUAAUGGUAAAAUAAACAAGAAAAAGCUACAACAUCAAACUAAAACACCUGUCUUAGAAAAAGAAAAUAAUAGUUGUUACAGUGACCGAUAUGACCAAUAUGCAAGGACAGAGAAACAUGCAAAACAACACACAGGAAAAAGUGGAAAGAGGCCUGACUGGAACAUAAACAAACCAGUCAAAAGAUAUAUUCCAGCAUCUGAAAGAUAUCCGAAACAGCUUCAAAAGCAGAGGGAGGAAAAGAGAGCACAACGGCAGAUGGAACUGCUUCAUUUGGUAGAAAGAAACACUCCUGGGUACAUGUCUCAAAAAAGAGGGGGUUCACCAGAACCAACACCUUCAUCCCCAAAGCAAGUUGAUUCAAGACCCAGGAGCCACAGAAAGGAAGAAGACUUUCAAGAAAGUAAUUCAAGCAAAGAGAGGUCUGAUUCACCUCCUGUUCCAGCAGUAAAAAACAGACUACACCAGGCACAAAGGCAAUUAAAUUCACUGGAUCUCCCUGUAAAAAAUAGCAAUAUUGGAACAGAACAAAAUAUCCAUGUUGAUAACUUACAAUUAGAAUCAACUACUGGAGUGACUGAACCUGAAUGGCCUGCUUCUCAUUUUAUUCCUUAUGUUCGAACAAAUGAAGUCUACUAUCUUGAUCCAGAUGCACCAAUGUCCAGACCUUCAACACAUGAUCCUCAAAAUCAACAUGAGAAUGCUUCACAUUCUGGCCACAUACGACAGCUAUUUAGCUCUGAUCAUGUGAGAGAUCCACUUCUGAAUCCCAGUUUGGUGAAAAACAGAGACAGGCAGCAAGCAAUCCUCAAGGGACUAUCAGAACUGAGACAGGGUCUACUCCAGAAGCAGAAGGAGUUGGAAACUAGUCUCAUUGCGACAACUUCAAGUAAAGCGAAUCAUGGCUUCCUACAUCAGUGUUCAAAAAAGUAUUAAUGGACAUGUGUGGCUGUGAUCCUAGUGCAUCAAAAUUUUGUUCAGAAUGUGUAACAUGAAAUUGUAUAAUAAAACAUUUUGGGUCAGUUCUAUUUUAA